AUGACAAUUAUUGUACUUCUUUGCACUCUCAGCUUUUUCUUCAUCAAUGCUGCCGAAUCCACCCUCACCAUAAGCAAACAUUACUGCUUAAACUCCAGCACCUUCGCUCCCAAUAGCACCUACCAAGCCCACCUCAAUCGCGUUCUUGCUGAUCUCGUCUCCAAUGCAAGUUCUGACCGCAACGAAGCAUUCUUGUUCACAUCGAGCAACGCCGUUUAUGGCAGCUUUAUGUGCAGAGGGGAUGUCUCGAAGGAAGAGUGUGCAAAAUGCGUCAGGAACGCGAGCGUCGAGAUAACCCGCCUGUGCCCGUUGACCAAAGUCUCCAUCCUGUGGUACGAUCAGUGCAGGUUGCUCUACUCCGACACGGAUUUCUCCUCAACCGUGGAGAUGAAACCUUGGUUGAGCGGAAACAAUGAAGAGAACAUAGAACAGCCAGAUGAGUUCAUGAAGCUACUGCACAAGACCAUGGUUCAUGUGGCGAAAGAGGCUGCUUGGCAUCGUCCGAGGAACUAUGGCUAUCAAGACGUCAAGUUCACUCGGGAGAAAACCUUGUACACGUUCGCACAGUGUGUGCCUAAUCAUUCCCCAAGCAAUUGUUCGAAGUGCCUUCACAAUGCCACAACGAGCCUCUUAAGCCUCCAAAAGGGGAAAAUCGGGGGCAGAGUGUUGCUUCCGAGUUGCUUUGUCCGGUUCGAGAUUUACCCCUUUUACAUGAGCAGCCCGAAAGGUGGGAACACAGCAGAACUCGCAUUGUCGGCUUAA